AUGAAACACUUGAUGAGGAUUUUCACAGGUGGACCUGAAGAGACCGAACUUCGUGGACCGAACGAAAUUCGACACCCAGAUGCGAUGUGGAGGGAAAUUUUUCUUCGCUGCCAUUUUGAUGAUCUACCUCGGAUGAAGAUGGUAUGCAAACAAUUCUACGCGGUGCUGACAAAUAACUUUUGGAAGGAUCGAUGUGAGCUAGAAGGGAUUGCUCUACCACCACCUCAAGUUGUCAGAUUGGUUCACUCCAGGAAUAGCGAAUUCGACUACGAAUACUUGUAUCACUAUGCUCACAAAGGAAACGUCAACCCCUAUGGACCGAACAUCGUCAAAGAUUUACCGCUGGAACGGGAAAGAGCAAAAGAAUAUGCUGCGAAUUUAUCUUGGAUUACGUAUCAAUCUCAGGGGUGUACUUAUGAGGAACCGCCAGUUGGUUAUCAAGCAACUGUCGAGUGCCCGAACAAAUGCUUGGCUACUUCGUAUAAUUGGGGAUAUCGUCAAAUCGUAAUCAAUUUAGAAAAGUGCGGUGUUGAGCCGUGGAUCCUCGACUUUUUACGUCCGACUGUUAUCGUUGAAGAAAAACAUGCGCCUCGCCAUGAUUGUGGAGCAAUCUACAAAUUGUCCAUUGAGAUGCUAAGGGCUGAAGAUGUACCGAGUCAUGGAAGUCAUGGAAGAAUUCGUCCAGAUUAUGCACCAAAUCAAUCUCGAGGAACAAUGGUUGAAAAAAGCUAUGAACAAUGGGCCGUGCAACCUUGGGUUCAAGAGUCAUUGCAAACGGUUUAUCCCUGUGGGAUGACGAAAGCUUUAAUUUUAACUCGAGCCAAGGAUACACAGUUCUGGGCCGGAGAAUAUGGAAUGAAGUUUACGGAUACGGUUGUUCGACUCGAGUUUACACAAGAACCUCAUUGGUACGAGAGAAAUGAGAUAGAAGAUCAACGCGGUGAUGGGGAAGAUCUUUCAAGUUCUCUUCGCACACACCCAUUCCGUUCUCUUCGCAUUCCAUUGUUCCGUGGCAACAACAAUCCGUACCGCCGUCAGUUACCAGGACCAGGACAA